AUGUCCACUGUCGGGUGGAAUAUUUUGCUCUUGGGACUUUCCUUAACAGUAGCAGCAGUAGCUCAGAAAGGUAAACCAUACCUGCAGCGUCUCAUUGAAGAUGGUUUCAAAUCGGCAGAUAUUAAUGUAGUUUACUUCAUCACCGCAAACGAUGUGGAGAGUGAACUUUUCCGUGGAAAUUAUCCACGUUUUGUUAUGCUCACUAUGGAGGAACAAUCGAAGAAAUUUAAGAGCAAGAACCACUUCAUACAAAUCAUUGCCCAAUCGUUGGUGGUUCUCGAUGCACGUAAAGAACCUAUGAAAGACAGACGAUGUUUGUUUUUCAUACUGAAGGAGCUAUCUCGUAUCUGGAAUCCGUUAAGCAAUAAAUUUGUGCUGUUAGUUAGUUCAGCAUUCUAUGAUCGAGCUACACUGAACAACCUCCAGGAUGGGUUAACCAAACUGGGCGUGGGUUAUUCGUUGGUUCUCUACUAUGAUCAAGCCAAUCCUUCGAAUGAUGCUGUCCGAAUGACAAGGAUCAGUUUCGGCCAUCAAACUACCAUCAGCACGACUGGUUUCGCUGAUUACCGACACUUGUUACGACUGGAUUUACGAACUCUCGACGGAAUUCGGGUAGCUGGUGUGCUGUACCAGUUUUUCCCCUUCAGCUACACAGGUCGAAGCGGACAUUGGGACGGAACCGAUUUCUACAUGUGGAAUGUGAUGGCGAAACAGUUACGAUUGCGGCUACAGCUUAUUCACGCUAAGCCAGGCACGAUCUAUAUUGGCGGUGCGUACUCACCAGCCAUGAGGAACAGGUCGGUGGACUUUGUUGCGACGCGAGAUGUUUUCGUCAAUGACGGCAUGCAGAAGAUUAUGCUUGCUUCGCGAGAUUACUUCAGUCUGGUUGUGCCGAAGCCUGUUACGUUAAACCUGAUGGAUGCACUGCUGCAACCAUUUACAAAAGAAGUUUGGAUAAUGGUCGGUGUGCUUGUCAGCAUCCGUAUUCUUUUUGCCCAUCUGCACGAUGCCCUGAUGUUGCUGGACAUGGCAGGAACAAUACGCAAUCGGACAAGUUACAUCCUAGACAACGAUUAUCCUUGGUUUGGAUGGAUGAAGUUAGCCUCGAGUAUCCUGACGUUUCUGCUUGUUGAAGCAUACCUGGCACAGGUCACCUCGCUGCUGCUUACCUUACGCUACAUCGAGGGACCACAAACUGUGGAUCAAUUUAUUGCUUCCAAUAUUUUGAUUGUCGAACCCUUGCAACAGACACAUUUCCUCAUGCAGGUUAAUCAGGCACAGAAGGCUCUUCUGAAGAAACGCUUUGUGAAACGAACUCCAGAAGAACUGGCGAAUAUGUCCGAUGCGUACGUGGAGUAUCGAAGUCGCGUGAGGUUCAUGAACUACGGAACGGAACCAAUUGAUCCGAUUACGGGAAAACGGAACUAUUACAUUCUAAGGGAACCACUGGCGGAAGUGCGAUUUCAGUACAGUUUUGCGAAGCCGACUGCUUUCAUGCGUGUGGCCGAACAUUGUUUCUUAUGGUACGAGGAGAACGGACUGCGGCUGCAUAUAGAUGAUGCGUACGAUCGAUGGGCAAAGAAACUGCACAGUAGUAAACAGCACGGCAUCAGUGGGUCUGUGCUAGUAUUUUCCGAUUUAAGCUCGCUGUGGAUUUGCACGAUAGUUGGAUGGUGUGUGAGUGGAUUGGUGUUUCUUAUCGAACUACUAAUUCACUCAAGAAACCGGAAUCGGCGGUUUAAGAAUACAUUUUUAUAA